AUGGAUGCACUGAGCUAUGAAGUGGCUACCCACUUUGCCACACGGGCACAAAAGUUCUUUAUGGAAUCCUGUGAUCGCUACCAUCGACUAGGAGAAAGCCUCUGGGAGCUCGCAACCUGCAGCCAGGGAGCCCCCUUGAUCCUAUCCGUGUCUCUCCGGGGUCCCCAACUCCACCUUAAGCGCGACCACCUCGGCAGCUUCUGCAAGUUUGGGCUCGCAGCCGGGGCUGCCUUCUCUCGCCGCCCAGCGCCCAGCGACGGGCCGGCUGAUCUGGGGGCGGCCCGGCGCCCUAUCGUGGAGACGGCCGGCGGGCUGGCGGGAGCUCGGGGCCGGUUCCGGAGCGAUGAGGCGGCGGGAGCCUUUCGGAUCUCCCGAGCGGUGUAUUAUUCACUCCCGCGGCCACGGCGGGAUCCGGAGAGCCCAAGUCAGGGAGGCGAGGAACGCGCUGAGAUUUGGGCCCCGGAGGGAGCGCGCCAGCGCGGGCAAGCGCGGCGAGCAGCCCCGAACGCGGCCAGAGACCGGCGGACGGACUCCGGGAGAGAGACGCCGCAGCAGCCUGGAGAGUCGUGCAGGACCGAGCAGUCCCCUCCGGCCCCCUCAGGCUCGCGGGCCCGCGCCCUCGGGUGCGCGCUCCACGGGGCCCAGGAACUCUCGGAGCCCUGGCCGGCCCACCGAGUUGGUGCCGCCUUCAUCACUGCUCUUCCACCUAGCUUCUGGCCCCAACUUUCCCAAGCUGUACACACACGCGCGCGUGCCCACGCACACACACACACACACACACACACUCCUCUCCCUGGACCCCAGCUCCACUUCCCCGUGUAGUUUCAAGAUGACAGAUGCCAGCAGACUUUCA